CAACAAAAUUGUUAUAUUAAGUUUAAAUAUGAAAUUCGCAAUCGUUUUAAUAAGUUUUCUUGUAGCAGCUACAGCUACUAUUGUACCUCGCCCUGGAUUCCCAGAAGAGGACACUUUCCGUGGUCGUGUAAUUAAUGGAAAACCAGCCCAAGUUGGAGAAGCACCAUAUAUUGUUUCGUUAACAAGCAGUCCUUCUGGUUCACACUUCUGCGGUGGUUCUAUCAUUCAUGAACAAUGGGUUCUUACAGCUGCUCAUUGUAUUCUAGGGGGAUCUAUUUACGUUCAUGCUGGUCUUCAUGAUAGAAACAAUAAAAAUGGACAAACUGUUCGUGUAGAAAGAGUUUUCUCUCAUGAGAAAUAUGGAGGUGGAGUUGGGCCAUAUGAUAUUGCUUUGUUACGGUUAGAAUCACCAUUGACUUUAAGCGAUCGUGUUGCUGUUGUUUCAUUGCCAACAGCAGUAUCACAACAAAAUGGUGUAUGCAGUUUAUAUGGAUGGGGUAAAGACACACCAUGGGGUGGAUUACCAAAUCUUUUGCAAACCGUAACAACAGAUUUAGUUCCAUAUGCUGAAUGUGCUCGUAAAUUACCAAGUGGAUCACCAAUUCACUCAACUAACAUUUGUUCCGGAUCACGCAAUCAACAAAUCUCAGCAUGCAAUGGUGACUCUGGUGGUCCAUUAGUACAAAAAGAAAAUGGACAAACAGUUCAAGUAGGUGUUGUUUCAUGGGGAUACAUUCCAUGUGGCCAAGCAAAUUAUCCUUCAGUUUACACACAUACUGGAUCUUAUUUGGAAUGGAUAAGAAGCAAACAAGCUCUCUAUUAAAUAAACAGUCCUCAAAUCAAACUUUAUUUAAAUCC